AAAACCAAAACUCCUAAAUCAAAAUGAAUUUUCAGCCUCUUUGAACCAAAUAGAAGAAUCGGUAACGCAAAAGCGCUUUCAAGUAAUCAAAUACGCAGCUGAAUCACAAUCACUUUCAAACAAAAAAAACUUGUCAGUAAACAAGAAUGGGGAAAAGUCAUGUUGCGGACCCUCCGAACCUGAAGAAAUACGGCGUUCCUUUUUACUCCGUUGCUUGGGUACCCCGCAACACGCUCAAAUCGAUCCAAAAUGUAACCGCCGAUGAUUCCUCCGACGCUGAUCCUAAAGCUCCGCCGGAGACAUCAUCACUCGACGAUGAGAACUACCUCGUGUUCGCUGGCGGCGGUGGAGAAAGCCGAAGCGGUAUCCCUAAUUCUGUCUUGCUCGCGCACUUCGAUGUUGCGUCUAAUUCUCUCUCUGAUCAACCGGUGAAUAAGCUAGGAACUAACUCUGAGUUGCCUUAUAGAAUGACACUUCACCCCAAUGGAGAUGGCGUUAUUUGUGCAAUGGAAACGCCAAAGAUUUGCAGGUGGUUUAACUGGGAUCGAAACGAGAGUGCUGAAGUUCACAAGUUGGGUCUGAAAUUGUCAGAGAAAGUGCUCACCCAGUUGGAUAAUGUUGGGCUACAAUUGGCAUUGGCAUUCAGCAAUGAUGGUACUACAUUAGCUACUGGUGGAGAGGAUGGAAGUCUAAGGGUUUUCAAGUGGCCUAGCAUGGAAAAUAUUCUCAACGAGUCUAAUGCUCAUUCUACUGUGAAGGACUUGCACUUCAGUUCUGAUGGCAAGUUAAUUGUCUCUUUGGGAGGUGGUGGCCCCUGCAAGGUUUGGGACAUUUCUUCAGAAAUAGUCUUAGCUACUCUAACAAAUGAAAAUCGUGAGAAUUUUAGCUCUUGCAGAUUUUCUCAAAUAAAUGAUACAACUCAAGUCCUAUAUAUAGCUGCCAAAACAGAUAAAGGUGGAAGCAUCCUGACCUGGAAUACGCAAACAUGGGAAAGGAUCAGUUCAAAGUAUAUUUCGCGUGAUGCAAUAUCUGCAUUCAAUGUCUCAGCUGAUGGAAAGUUUCUGGCAUGUGGAACACCAGAAGGUGAGAUUAUAAUUGUAAAUUCAACUAAUAUGCAUAUUCAGACAAAGAUAAAAAAGGCUCACCUUGGCAUAAUCACUGCUUUAGCAUUUUCCCCUGACUCAAGGGCAUUGGCUUCUGUAUCAUGGGAUUCAAGUGCAAGGGUAACAAUAAUUAAAGAGAAGAAAAAUGGAGGGUUGAACUUGUGGAUUGCUGUAUUUAUCAUCCUACUCGCAAUAGCUGCUGCUUACUUCCUAAAGGUCGAAGGAAUUGAAAAGUUAUGGCUUAAAGAUUACUAGUCAAACAUAGAAAUAUUUACUGCUAGCAAAACAGCUUACCUUUGACAUUUCCAUUUUUGGGGGUGGUUUUGGAUGCUUUUCAUAUUUUCAACAUUCUGAAUUGUUUUUACAUUGGAUGAGUCUCUUUACUGCACUGUAAAUUGUAAAAUUAUGAUAUAUACGUGUGUUAAAUCAUGAGUUUAAUUGUUUUGGGAAUCA